AAAUGUUCAUACAACUCUCUUGGUCUUCUGGGUAGCAAGGAGUUCAAGUCCUCUGAGUUCUCACUUGUGGAAAUGUCGACAGCACCCGCACUCCCUCGUCUACACUCUCCUUUCCUAUGUUGCCCUCUCAAGCUUUCUUCUACCUCUCCUUGUCUUUCCCACAAGUUGUCUCAACGCUCCCCCAAGUCAUAUCCAUGCAUCAGAGCCAUUGAUCUCGAUCAGAACACGGUAGUGGCAAUCUCAGUAGGGGUGGUGAGCAUUGCCGUUGGGAUUGGAAUUCCGGUUUUCUAUGAAUCCCAAAUCGACAGUGCUUCAAAGCGAGACAACACUCAACCCUGCUUCCCUUGCAAUGGAACUGGCGCACAAAGAUGCAGAUUUUGCACUGGAAGUGGCUCGGUCACGGUGGAGCUUGGAGGGGAUGAAAAAGAAGUGUCUAAAUGCAUAAACUGUGAAGGGGUCGGAUCAUUUACAUGCACCACAUGUCAAGGUUCUGGGAUUCAACCUCGAUACCUUGAUCGCAGAGAAUUCAAAGACGAUGACUGAAUCCUAUCUGCGGGAAUAUCCAACCCUCUUCAAGUCGAGAGUUAAGCUAAAGAAGAGUUUCAAUUUUCACCCUUUUUUUAAUUCUCUUUUGUACACACCUUUACUACUACAUAUGUCCAAUUGCUUUCAUCCCCUCUUCCAAA